AUGCUUCUGAUAGAUUGCCCCAAGGAAACCGUUUAUAUUCAACCUCUCCGGCGUAUACAACCUCAGCACAUCAUGGAAGAGCGCCAGCAUCCAGCUCAUUACGACUAUUUCAAAUCGCCAUGCAAGCAACAAUCACCAAGAACGACCCAAAUAAAGAAGGCGAUGCUCCUCGAGCUGGGGUUUUUGUCUGGCCAUUUUUGGCAUUGGUGUGACAAUAUUUGGACUGGCAAGCCCGGCAUGGAUGUGGAUCGGAGAUGUAAGACAACCGCAUCAAAUGGGGUUAUGGUCCUUUUGCUAUCCGAACACAACUUGUGUGACAUUAGUCUACUACCUCAACGAGGAAUGGAGUGA